AACAAAAAAUUACUCCAGCCUGAACCAGGAGAUGAAGAACUGGAAGACAUACAGCCAAGGAUGUUAUCCAGGCAGGGCAGGGUGGGAAGUGCCAGGCAGGGAUAUGAUGAGGCAAGUGGAGCAUGGUGAGAAAUGGCGAAGAGCUGGUAACAGCUGCCUCUUCCAGGCCUCUGCCAAACUGCUCAGAAGCCCCAUUCUUUCUCCAUGGACCAGCUACUCAAGGCACCAGAAAGCCCUCGCCAGGCAAACGUACUACAAGUGAAGCGGCAAGAUGGAGCCAGGUUCAGGAGUUUCCCGUUUUAUAUAUCCUGAUAACCUGAGUCUCCUAUUCCAGGUUUACAUAGGAUCCAGAGUUCUGCAGAGCAGAAUCCAGAGAGGGGCCAGCCCCUCUGUUUCCUGAAUUACAAUCGUGCCACCAGGCCCGUCUAGGGGUCCUUUGUAAACAUCCUCCAGAGACUACUGCAGUUAGGGUGUCCUAUGCAUGGCGGAGGUAGGAAGAGCCUUGGGACAGUGUCAAGACCUGGCUUCUGUUGGUAGGUUCUGCAGACCACCCGCACCCCUGCCACUUCAGUGCAGCCCUGCUUCAACCUCCCGCAAGGAUGGGGUGAGGGCAUCGCACCAAGUCCGCCCUGCCCUCAGACAGUCGGCUGUUUUCCGGGGUUCCCAGCCGUAGCACAGCGGGUUGCCUGGGGGACGCCACAGAGAGGCAGGAGGACAGGCACGCUGAGAGGAGCUGGACUCCCGCGGGCCCCACUCUCAUUUUCCUCCACCGAAAAACGGAGCUCCAGGCAGAGGCGCUAAACCGGGGCUGAGGCAUGAAGAGGUACCAGGGUUGUCACACCUGGAUCUCUUACUGCAUUCAGAGGCCCCUUCCACGUCACCGCCCACCCAGUCCGUACAGAGACGCGGGCUGCCUGUGUGUCUGUUUUAGGGGUGCGGAGAUCGGCGCGCAGGGCGCCAUGGCGACCACUAACCUCUCGGCCGCAGCUGCGGGCGUCGCCCUUCCCCUGGGACCCAAGGCCUGCAGCAGCAGCCCAAGCCCUGACGGAGCCUUUCGGUUGAUUUCGGGUGGCGCCACCCAGCCCACCCGAGAGCCGCCCUUCUCCAUCUUCACUGUGCUGGUGGUGACGCUGCUGGUGCUGCUGAUUGCGCCCACUUUUCCACGGAACCUGUUGUUUCUGGUCACCAUCCUACGCGUCCGUGCCUUUCACCGUGUGCCACAUAACUUGGUAGCUUCGACGACCAUGUCUGACGUGAUAGUGGCAGCGCUGGUGAUGCCUCUGAGCCUGGUGACGGAGCUGUCGGCCGGGCGACGUUGGUGGCUGGGCAGGAACCUGUGCCACGUGUGGUGGAUCUCCUUCGCCCUGCUAUGCUGCACCGCCAGCGUCUGGAAUGUGGCGGUCAUAGCCCUACGCUACUGGACCAUCACGUACCACCUGCAGUACAUGCCGAGCACCCGACGCCGAACUUCUAAGCUUCGAGCCCACCUGGGAGCUCUCCGCACUGACGAUCGCCCUGUCGGCGCUGCUUGGAGCCAGGAAUACUCCUAUGCCGUCUUUUUAACUUGCGGUGCCUUCUCUCUGUCGCUUGGAGCGGUGCUGUUUGUCUACUGGGAGUUCUACGAGGCGGCCAAGUUUAGCUACAGCCGUUGCCGCAGGGCCGUGCUACCUUUGCCCGCCACCGUGCAGGUGAGGCGGGGGGGGGGGGGGCGCUGCGUGGUGCGGGGUUGGGGGAAGAGGACGCUGGCUGAAGAGAACGCUGCGCAAAAGGGAGGGAUGGAGGCGGAAGCUUGCGCACUUGGAGCGCGCACACCAAGGUUGGCCACUGUGCACCUGGAGCGCACGCGGAAUUUGCCAUCUGUUAGCCUAAAGAGUACACGAAUGGGGCUCAAACCUGCAGCCGGCGGGUACGCGAAUGGUUCGUCAUUGCUUUUUUGGUGCUCUGCGGCAAGGUGUUUCAGCACCUGCACACCAGGGCUGCAGCUGGUUCCGCCGAACCACGCGGCAGAAGCAGGCUUGCAAGGGCGGAGCUUCCAGGGAGUGAUGAGAGCUUGCCUGCUCAGCUGUGCCCUCUGUUGCUUUUCCCCUGGAGCCAGCGAUUGGGUUCGCGCGACUCCUGCUGCUGCCAACCUCCUGGUCCCCGCUAGACCAAGUGGCACUGUGGGGGCUGGGAAUUCGCCCCUGAUCCCAAAAUGCAAGAGCAGUGAUGCUGACAAUGCAGCUCUGCCAAGCAGAACCUGUGAAGUUCUUCCUUUAAGUGAGAAGCAGGAGAAGAGGGCCACCCUGAGAGCGGCCAUCCUCAUUGGUGUGUUUGUGCUGUGUUGGGCCCCCUUCUUCCUGACGGAGCUCAGCAGCCCCCUCUGUGCUUGCAGUCUGCCCAAGAGAAGCACAUUCCUGUGGCUUGGCUACUCCAAUUCUUCCUUCAACCCCCUAAUUUACACAGCAUUUAACAAGAACUACAACAAUGCCUUCAAAAGCCUCUUCAAGCAGAGAUAAACUCAUGCCUGGCGAGACAUGCACAGAGUUGUGGGGUGGAAACGUGCCUUUCUCCCCUUCCCCAGGCCGCCGGGAGCCUUCCUCCACAGCUGGGUGUUAAUGGCGCUGAGAGCAGCACACAGGGCCUGGGCUGCAGGGGCAGCCCUACAAAGGCUCUCCAGACAGCAAGUGUGUGGCAUGUGUGUAGCUCACCCUCUGCCCGUGGCGACAGACCCUGCUAAUCGGUCAUGGCACAUGUCCCCACUGAACAGGAACUCUGCUUCAGAAUCCUUCCCCAACAGCACUUUAGGCAGUUAUUGCUACUUGGUUGGAACUGACAAGAGCUGAUUUGCCUUUCCUUUGUCUAAUACUAUAUUCAUCACAGGUUCUCUCGGCACAGGGCUUGUUUUGUGGCCCACUCAGAAAACUGUCUCGUUUAUAACAGCCCUCCCCCAAGCCUUUAUCCACCCAAUCCAGCUCAUCUUCUAAUUUCAAGGCAGUAUGUCCUAUAUUUGACAUGAGGAUCAUCCAAAGGUCAUCCAAAGUUUUGGUAUUUAAAAAGUGUUCGCUGAAACCCCUAUCUAUUGAAUCAGACUUUCAAAAAAGAGGUCUAGUGAUUUGUAUCAGUUCUCCAGAGAUGUUUUUGGAAAGUGAGAGAUUGCUGAAUGUUCAGGUUGCUCUUUGGACCAGAUAAAUUGGUGUUCCUGGGCAGCGGGUGAGAGCCAGGUGGCAGUGCUUUUGAAAGCUCCCCAGGUGACUCCAGUGUGCCGCCAGCACCACGAGCCCCUGGUGAGGUGCCUUCUCUGCUUCUGUACCACAAGGGAGAACAACUGCGAGAAAAUUUCCUAUUACUUCCCCAUACUGACUUGUAUGUGUAAUAAAAAUACUCUACGUAUUCAUUUCUAGGCUCAGAGUUAGUCAUAUGUGUGUGUACAUACAUGCAAAUUAUCCAUCUAUAUCUAUCUACCUACCUAGCUAUUCAACACACACAUGUACACACACAAUGACAGAUUGGGAGGGCAAGAGAGACACCUGGACUAAAUCACCUUGACCACAGUCCACCUGAUCUUGCAGGUGGGCUGGAUACCUACUAAUUAGGCCAUUUAAUUUACACAAGAGUCCUUUCCACCACUGGCUCACCUGAUGGCUGAGGUAUGAAGACGUUCUUUGAGCUGACUGACAACCUGAAGGAAGUGGGGCAGGUAAACAUGUGAUUCUCAAUCAAACAACCUUCUCGGCCAUCCAUCAUUAUUGUGUUUUAAGGGCUAUAGCUCAAGCUUGGGGCUCUUGGGAAUUUUCCCAUCUUGGUUGAAAGAUACCACAUGGUGUUAAUGAUCUUCCCCUCUAUACCUCCUUUCCUAAAAUACGCAAUCAGGAAUAAAUUUUAAGAUGACUGCUUAUUGACCACCAUGUGUAGCUGUUGUAUCAAGUGCUGGCCAUAAGUGGGUUAGACACCCAUGUGUAAACCAAUUCCUGGCAGGGAAAUAGGAUUUCUCUGUCUUAGAACAACUGUCGUGAUCCUCUCCUAGGGCUGGAUGUGGCUUCCUGGGCAGGACAAAGUCAGAGUUCUGCUAGAGUACCCACAGCUGGUUUCCACGAAGGACAGGCAUGGCUUGUGGAGAAUGUUAACAGCUCCCCUUGGACCAUGGCUCAGAGGUACCACCUCUACAUUUUGAACCCCAAAAGCCAGAAGAAUGCAGGCUGUCCUAUGAUCCUUGUGAGACAGAGGCAAUCCUGCAGCAGCCUCAGUCUGUUCCAGGGCAUAGCUGCUUCACAAUCUGUUCCCUCCCUUCUCCAGCUCAUCACCCCAUCAUACUCACACCAUUAGAGCAGAACCAUCUUCACUGCUUUUUCCCCCAAUGCUGCUCUACCUGAAGAGGACAGCCGUCUUUUCACUUCCCUAGUCUCACCUUCAAGACUCAAGAAAAGGAGAGUUUAACUACUUUUGGCUCCAGGGCUUUAAACUCCUAAGGAAAGCAGAUUUACUAAAUGAGAAUCUUCUGUCUUCUAUUUUUUUAAAAAGUAAGCCAAAUUAAAAUGUAAACAUUUUUAUUUUUUGAACAGAUAAUACAUGUACAUGGUACACAAUUUAAAAGGUACAAAAAGUAUACGUACAGUGAGAAGUAAUUUCUACCCCUCUGCCCAGAGGCAACCAAGGCCACCAGGUUCCUGUGUAUCCUCCCAGAAAUAUCUGAGGCACAUGCACAGAGAUGUGUCUGAGACACAUUUGUGUGUGUGGAUAAGAUACACACCCACAGAUAUACCCAUAGGCAUUUUUUCCUCCAUCUCCUUUCUCUUUUUAUAAACAAACAUUAGUGUACUAUGAACCUCUUUCCCCCCACAUUAUCCAUGCAGCUUGUGGACCAUUCCAUGGUGGGACAUACAGAAUGGCUCUGUUCUUUUCAUAUUCCAUUGUAUGGAUUCACCAUAAUUUAUUUAGCCAUUUGCCCUAUGAUGCUGGUAGAUUCCAACAUUAAAAAAAUAUUUUAUUUCUUUAUUUUUUGUAGAAAUGGGAAGGGAGUGAGAAAGAGGGAGAGAAACAUCAAUGUGUGGCUGCCUCUGGCGUGCCCCUUACUGGGGACCUGGCCUGCAACCCAGGUAUGUGCCUUAGACUGGGAAUGGAACCAGCGACCCUUUAGUUUGCAGGUCGGCACUCAAUCCACUGAACCACACCAGUCAGGGCACCAAUUUUUUUGCUAUUACAAUGCUGUAGUGAAAUCCUCAUACACAGGAACAAUUUCUAGAAGUAGCAUUGCUGGCUCAAAAGGUUUGUGCACUUGCACUUUUGAGAGAUAUUGUCCAACUGCCUGCCCUCCAGAGACCGUAAAA